UAAUGGCUGAUAACAGAAAACAAGACCUGUGGAUAUAUUUGUUGACUUUGGAAUGCCUGGUUUCUGCAGUGACAGCAGCGAGUGAAAACAUUGCCCUGUCGAAGCCAGUAUCAUCGAGUCACAGCAGCUAUGGCGGUGUACCUGAACGAGGCAAUGACGGCAACGUCAAUGCAGUUUACAGUGGCAACUCAUGCGCGUUAGGGGAGGCAACUUCUGCAGAUCCCCUUCCAUGGUGGCAAAUUAACCUCCAAACACAAUAUUGUGUAGAGGUUGUCGCAGUUACUAAUCGUGCGGAUGCUUUUCCAUGGAGACUUCAUAACUUCACAAUCAGUGUUUACACUGAGGACCCAAGUACCACCCCAACAGCCGUGGCCAAGGUGUGCGCUGUGUACCCCGGGACUGUCGGGGCUGGGGUCCGGGAGGUGCUGCCCUGUGGGUCGCGAGUCAGAGGACAGUACCUCAGGAUACACAAGAAUGAGAUGCUCCAUGAUGAUGCACUGCAGUUCUGUGAACUGGAGAUCUAUGCCACUGAAUCCUCGCUUGAUUUCGAUACAAGUCUGAGCACCGGAUCUUUCUUUUCAAAGAACCCCUCUCUCCGUCUUGAAGGGACGCCGCUCAGUGAACAUGUUGAAACACCGAUACAAUGCGGGAGCCUGUGUCACCAGAUUCCCCGCUGCUUUGGAUUCAACUUCCAAGCAGGACUCAAUAGUUCCAUGGGACAUUGUAAACUCAUGUCAAAUCCAAGCUCGGAUCCAGUUCACGAUCCCAGCUGGGCCUGGUACGACAAGAGAUGCUGAAUGUCAGUCUUUUUCCUGUAGAGCGUGUUCAGAUCAUUGUAGAAGACACAGACAACAGUUUUCGCUAGGAUGUUGGUUUUAAAUGCCUGUAUUGAAAUAUACUAUCCCCAAAAAGAAACGCAUAGGCCAGAAAUCUGUUGCGAAAAUGUUGUAUUUUCAAACAUGUAUAACUCGUCCACAAAUAGACUUUAGUACAUGAAUAUUUUUACAUCAGUUUAGAAGAAGGGAAUGUCUAUACAUCCAAGUGGAUAAUCUUAGGUAACGGAUACGUUGAGCGCGAUUGUGACGAUGUAGCACGGCCCCGAAUGUCGGGUCUCCUGGCUCUCAGUCCAAUCUCUCUCAACCUGUUCCGUACAGUUUGCCCGGA